AUGAUAUUACGUAGUGUGAGGGAAGAACACAAGGCCACCUGGCCCGUGUCAGAUGGUAGCGAGAAACGUGAGAACUUGCUUCUUUGGGUCUCUACUUUACAUGUCCCGCCCUUGCCCUCUUGUCUCCCCUCAGUCUGUGGGCCGGGCAUCGACAUCCGCAACGACUAUCAGCAGCUGAAGCGUCUGGAGAACUGCACGGUGAUCGAGGGCUACCUCCACAUCCUGCUCAUCUCCAAGGCAGAGGACUACCGCAGCUACCGCUUCCCCAAGCUCACGGUCAUCACCGAGUACCUGCUGCUGUUCCGCGUGGCCGGCCUCGAGAGCCUCGGGGACCUCUUCCCGAACCUCACGGUCAUCCGCGGCUGGAAGCUCUUCUACAACUACGCCCUGGUCAUCUUUGAGAUGACCAAUCUCAAGGAUAUUGGGCUUUACAAUCUGAGGAACAUUACUCGGGGGGCCAUCAGGAUUGAGAAGAAUGCUGACCUCUGUUACCUCUCCACGGUGGACUGGUCCCUGAUCCUGGAUGCCGUGUCCAAUAACUACAUCGUGGGCAACAAACCCCCAAAGGAAUGCGGGGACCUGUGUCCGGGGACAAUGGAGGAGAAGCCCUUGUGCGAGAAGACAACCAUCAACAAUGAGUACAACUAUCGUUGCUGGACUACAAACCGUUGCCAGAAAAAUGCCUGCUGAACUCCUGCCCUGUGCCAGGCACUCUUCUGGAGCUGAGAAUCCUUCAGAGAGCAAAAGCGGCAAGACUAGCAUGGUCCUGCUAUGUCUAAGGGACACUUUUGUCCUUCCAAUAGCAGAACCUUCU